CGCAAGCCGUAACGCCAGUACGGCGGCGGCGGAAUACAGGGACCGGGAGCAGAACGGACUCCGUACCGGAGGCGCCGACGCUAUCCUCUCACAGUCUCACAGUCUCACCGUCCACCUUAACCGGAUCGGAUUCAGCGCCGGUGGCUCGUCGGUUCCGCCCCCGUCGCUAUAUACGGCGAUCACCGGUCUCCCCUCCCCGAGUUCAAGAAACGCGCCUAGCACUAGUUUGACACUUGAGAGGAUUCUUGGUGAGCUAUUCCUGCUGCUGCCCUGUCCGAUCUACAUAUCGGUCGACGGACUUCACCGCGGAUCGAGCGGAGAGGGCGAUUAGCGGUAGGGUUUUCGUUUGGGACCCUAGGAAGAAACCCAAACCAAAUCCGCGUCUUGGCUUGUCUCAUCCCGGGGGAAGAUCAUGGCCGUGAUAAAGAUGCCAGUGAGCAGGCGCCGGAAGGCGAAGGGGGAACAGGGCAGCAACCCAAACAGGGCCGGCGGCGAGACGCCUGUUAAGAAGGUGAAGAGGGGUGCCUGUGUACUGUGCGACGAUGGUGGUGAUUUAAUCUGUUGUGAUGGUGGAUGUCAGAGGUCCUUUCACCCAACCGAAGAACAUGGUGAAGACUCAAUGUGCGCAACCCUUGGGAUGCCUGAAGAACAGUGGCAAAAGCAUGUAGCACAAGGGGAUGCGGCCUUGUAUACCUGCAAGAACUGCCAGUAUAAGCAGCAUCAGUGUUUUGCUUGUGGAUUGUUGGGGUCUUCAGACUUGGCAUCAGGACCUGAGGUAUUCCAAUGUAAGCAUCAAAAGUGUGGGCACUUUUACCACCCUAACUGUGUUGCUAAACUACUCAACCCUGAUAGCAAAACCCGGGCCGUACUUCAUGUGCAACAUAUUGCUGGUGGACUGGAAUUUGAGUGUCCUGUGCAUCAAUGUAAGUCGUGUAAGGAAGCAGAGAACAAGGAUUAUAAAGAGAUGCAAUUUGCAGUUUGUAGGCGCUGUCCAACUGCAUACCACCGGAAGUGCUUGCCAAGUGAUAUUUCCUUCGAAGAGUCUGAAGAAACGGGUAAUCCACGGAGGGCGUGGGAGAAAAUUCUACACAAACAAAUUUUAAUCUACUGCAUGAAGCAUGAAAUUCAACCAGAUCUGGGAACUCCCAUGAGGGAUCAUAUUUUCUUUCCAGAUGGGAGAAAUCCUGUUGCAUCAAAAAGGGCUAGAGGUACACCUCAGGAGCAUGAUAUACUCGAAAAAGAUGAGCAACUCGACCGCCCCUCGUCCUCCAAACCAUCUCAGUCCCCUCAGCCGGCAGAAAUUGGCCAUCAUCGGGUGAAGCCCAUUGAUUCAUUUGCGCCAAAGCACUUGUUCCUGCGUCCUCAACCAGGCUCAUGUGGCUGGCUUGACGAGUGACCAACAUCAUUUUUUUUGUCUCCAGCCUGUUGCUGAAGAGAAAACUAGCAGCAAUAGCUUCCACCUGAAGGGCAUGGUGAAUACUGAUACAAAAUGUUCAGUUCCAUUUGAGUGCGCAAGUUGGAAAUGAACCUGAGAAGAAAAAAUUAGACGGGACACAAAUGUCCUUC